UUCACUGUGGGAGGAAAAGGGAACCUGUACACUUGGGAUCCAGGAAUACCACCAUGAAGCUCCUCUUGGCUCAUUUAUUACUGUCGAUGGCCACUGUCAUUGUGGCGUCUCCCCUGUUACUGCAGAAGGUCCCCUCCAGCAGGAGUAUUAUUGCUGACGCCCCUUCAGGAAAUGUUAUCGAGAUCACUAACCAAGUACGGAUUCUGCCUGCUAGCCUUGCACUGAUUGAGGAUACUGAGAAUUCAGAGAUCCAGAUUACUCCAGACAACACUGGUGCGGGAGUCGAGAUACUUCCAGCUGGCAUCGAAACACGUCCUGGAGAUCUUGGCUCAGGCGUUCAGACCCUACCAGGAAGCCUCACUACUGGAGUAGAGACUCGCCCUGGAAACCUCGUCACAGGCGUUCAGACCCUCCCGGGAAGCCUCGCCACUGGAGUAGAAACUCGCCCUGGAAACCUCGUCACAGGCGUUCAGACCCUUCCAGGAAGCCUCGCCACUGGAGUAGAAACUCGCCCUGGAAACCUCGUCACAGGCGUUCAGACCCUACCAGGAAGCCUCCCGACUGGAGUAGAAACUCGCCCUGGAAACCUCGUCACAAUUCCAGAUCAAGUUGUUCCAGCUUCACACACAGUUGCUGAAACUCCCCUGGGAGAACUGCAUUUGAGCCUGAAAUGGGUCCCUGCAACACAAGAACAUUCCCCAGAUGAACCAUCGAAGGAAACCAGACCAGCUGUUCUUGAACCAUCAAAGGAAACCAGACCAGCUGUUCUUGAACCAUCAAAGGAAACCAGACCGGCUGUUCUUGAACCAUCAAAGGAAACCAGACCAGCCGUUCUUGAACCCUCAAAGGAAACCAGACCAGCUGUUCUUGAACCAUCAAAGGAAACCAGACCAGCUGUUUUAGAACCAUCAAAGGAAACCAGACCAGCUGUUCUUGAACCAUCAAAGGAAACCAGACCAGCUGUUCUUGAACCUUCAAAAGAAACUAGACCAGCUGUUGUGGAACCAAUUGAAACCAAACCAGCUGUUUUGGAACCAGUGGAGACAGUUUCAGGGAAUGAAAAUGUUCCAGCUACACACACAGUUGCUGAAACUCCCCUGGGAGAACUGCAUCUGAGCUUGAAAUGGGUCCCUGCAACACAAGAACAUUCCCUAGAUGAACCAUCAAAGGAAACCAGACCAGCUGUUCUUGAACCAUCAAAGGAGACCAGACCAGCUGUUCUUGAACCAUCAAAGGAAACCAGACCAGCCGUUCUUGAACCUUCUAAGGAAACCAGGCCAGCUGUUCUUGAACCUUCUAAGGAAACCAGACCAGCUGUUCUUGAACCUUUAAAGAAGACCAGACCAGCUGUUUUUGAGCCCUUAAAGAAGACCAGGCCAGCUGUGAGGAAGACUAGAUCAAUUGACUCGAUCUCGGUAGAGACCAGGCCCGCUGUACUGGAACCAGAGGUGGCUAUCUCUGAGAAAGAAACCAGGCCAGCUGUUGUUGAAUCAGUGGAGACAAAACCUGCUGUUCUGGAACCAACUGAAACCAGACCAGCUGUCUUAGAACCAUCAAAGGAGACCAGACCAGCUGUUCUUGAACCAUCAAAGGAGACCAGACCAGCUGUUCUUGAACCAUCGAAAGAAACCAGACCAGCUGUUUUAGAACCAGUUGAAACCAAACCAGCUGUUCUUGAACCAUCGAAAGAAACUAGACCAGCUGUUUUAGAACCAGUUGAAACCAAACCAGCUGUUCUAGAACCUGUGGAGACCAAACCAGAUGUGUUAGAACCAGCGGAGGAUUAUGUAUUCGGUAAUUCAUUGGGUGAACUAAGGAUUGGCCUAAGUUGGUAUCCACACGCCAGCUUUGUCGGUCAGGAACCAGCUGUCCCAGAGGAGCCAAUUAAGCAGACCAAACCAGCUGUCCCAGAGGAGCCAAUUAAGCAGACUAAACCAGCUGUCCCAGAGGAGCCAAUUAAGCAGACUAAACCAGCUGUCCCAGAGGAGCCAAUUAAGCAGACUAAACCAGCUGUCCCAGAGGAGCCAAUUAAGCAGACCAAACCAGCUGUCCCAGAGGAGCCAAUUAAGCAGACCAAACCAGCUGUCCCAGAAGAGCCAAUUAAGCAGACCAAACCAGCUGUCCUUGAGUAACAACUCAACAAAGUCGGUCCCCUUCCCUACAGAACACACAAAACAAGUUAAUCAUCUACAACCUUGAAGAACAUGCAAGAACCUUAUAAUCUGUCACAACCUAUGAUACCAUUGAAAUUUUGCCUCAGACCUUCACCGUCUCUCACGAAGCAAUCAAGCGUAUAGAACCUUGUUCUGUAAGCUUACACAGCUUUGCAUAAAGUUAAUCAUUCUGCUGACAGAAGUAAUUUUGAACAAUAUUGUAAAUUCUAAACAACAUUUUCUGUGUAAAAUGUAGAAAAUAGGUACAUCAAAAUUACCAUAAGGAUUACUAUAAAGUAUGCAUUGCAUUAACCAAUUACCAUUGAUGUGAUACAUAAAAUAGUACCUAUGAAGAUGUAUUCUAGUGUAAUCAAGGACGUCCACUGGGGGGCUGGGGCGGCUAUUGGGCCCCCAAACUCUGUUUGCCCUCCUCAAGAUUUGGCUUGACCCCUCCCCACACCGACUGAUUUUUUUUCAUACCAAACCAAACUACGCCUAUGUUGGUCCAGUUAUAGCUUAAGAAUGCCCCUAUUUUUUUUUCCACGUCGCUCACAAACCCACCCUUGCCCUCCCACCCCCUACUCCCCCCAAAAAUGAAAUUAUACACUGAGUGCAAUAAACAUAACAAGAUUUUUU